AUGGCUCACCAAAAUGCGCCAGCGAAGCCCGCGUCCAAGUCGCUUGUCAUGGGCGUUGUUGCCUUUUAUCUCGUCGCUGCACUGGCGCGUGUUUGCAGCAACAAAUGGGUCCUUAAUACCACAGCGACCCCUCUUUUCUUCUUAUGGGCCCAGCUUGCUAUUGCAGCUGGCCUGUUCAUGGUCUCCGAUGCCCUGCGUUUACUGCCAGACAGACUCACCCUCGACCUUGAGACCUCUAAGGGGCUCAUUCCCAUGGUUGGCUUGAAUGUAUUUGGCCUUAGCUUCAGCAAUUAUACCCUCAAAUACGUCGACGCCUCAUUCUACCAGGUCGCGCGCGGCAUGGUCUUGCCCUUCACCGUCCUCAUGUCCUUUUUCUUCUUGCACUCCCGUCCCUCGCUCAAUAUCCUUCUCUGCUGCGGUGUAGUCACCCUUGGAUUCUUCAUUGGGGUUUUCCUCGACGGUACCCCUCUCUCCAUGGUCGGCGUUAGUUUCGGUGUUGCCAGUUCCGCCAUCACCGCCGUGCACUCGGUCGUUAUCAAGCAGAGCCUCAACGUCGUCGGUGGCAGCGCACUCGCACUGUCAUGGUACACUAACCUGCUCAGCGCCAUUGUGCUCGCACCGCUGCUCAUUCUGGCUGGCGAGGGCAUGGACGUUAUGAAACUGCUCUUCGGUGUCAACGAGCUCGUCACUGAGCCCGGCACGAUGUCCCCUCUCGCCACAUUCAUGUGGGGAUCAGCUAUCACCGGCGUCCUUGGUUUCCUGAUGAGCAUUGCGAGCUUGAUGUCGAUCAAAGUGACUUCCCCGAUCACCCAUAUGGUAUCUUCUGCCGUCCGAGGCGUCGCUGCGUCCUUGUUGGGUGUGUGGCUGUUCCACGAUAUUAUUACCACUGGUCGCGCAUCCUCGAUCGCUAUCAUCCUCCUCGGUUCCGGGUUGUACACCUGGGUGAAGCACCAGGAAUCAUCGCCUGGCUCUUCAACACCUUCCAAGCGCCCCUCGUACGAGCGUGUUAGGAUGGAAGACGUCGAGGCCGGAGAGAAAGACUUCAAAACCAAGGAGUAA